AUGUCGAACGGCGCUCAUAUGUCGAACUCACCCCCUACUACACCCAUUGCACCUCGAGGCCGUCGUGCCUCGAUCACAGAGAUGUUUGCUCGGCCCGGGAACGCCGCACCCCCGCCAUUGAACACCAAUACCUCGAAUACUACUGCCCCUCUCUUUACAGCAGCGGCAUCAAACGCUCAACAACAACCACAUCGUCGGCGGAUGUCGAUUACCACACUUGGACUAUCCGGUUCCCCCACUAACCAGUCUGCUCCAUUUGGACAGGCAGCAGUGACAACCACGCCGACGGCAGCAGCUGGAACCACGGUACCUCCUCCCAAUGGCCGACGCCGACGAGGAAGUGUUUCCAGCUCGAUUCUCUCGAGUUCUCCAACACGGGACCAGGCGGUUGUCGAGGAAGAGGACGAAGAAGAGACACCAAUGCCAACAUCUCCUCCCCCAUUUGCAAGACGGGUAUCCUUCAGCUUCCGGGACCGGGCUGCCAGUUUAAAUGGCGAAGGCUUCAACUGGCCAGAAGCUCUUCGAUCCAGAGCAGAGCGAGCUCCGUCCCUGGCCGGAAGCUUCUCCAUGCAUCAACAGCAGCAAGGGCAGGGGCAUGGGCAGGGGCAGCAACACCAAAACUCGUCUUCUGUCUCUGGCUCUUCGACAUCCAACACUUCCCCUUCCUCGUCCCCAUCGCUCUCAUCUUCCUUCUCCUCAGCCUCGUUCCCAGGCAAACAUCACCGAUCAGCCUCCAUUGCUACUAUGGAAGCGUACAAGCCGCCACCAAAGGAGUUAUUAGAGCGUCACCCCUCUUCCCCUCCACCACCUUCACAGCAGCAGAAGCCUCCGCAACAGCAGCCCAAGCCACGACCCAAGCCGGAUUACUUCCAGGAGAAGAUCUUGCGGGCCGAUUUCAUGGAUUGA